CCGAUCUUGUACCAAUCGUGCCGCGCUACCUGUGUGAAGUUUUCCGCGCUAUGUCAAGUAAAUUCAGUCUGUGAAAAAUUCCUUCGCUCUGGUACGGAAAAAGCCCAGGGAUUCGUGGAUUCCCAUCGCCGAAACGUGUCGCAGAAAGGCGGCCAGGAACGUUGCACCGAGCAGCGCACAGCAUAGAGCGUGAGGAAAUGUGCAGCAAACAACCCCAUCCGUCGCCGUAGUUGCAGCUGUCUCUGGUGGUGUCGUUUACAUCGAGGCGAUUGCCCCCCACGUGUUUGAGGUUAGGUAUUGGCGCUGCCCGAUUGUGGGUUUGCGGCUGUGAAAAAGUGAGACGAACGUUCGUCACUGUCUUCUAAGGUGGUCGUCAUUGCUCAAGACAGCAAAAAGGAAAAAAAGAAUCGCUACUUCGCUGUAAAGCAUUGCCAGACGACUCUGCUCCUAUCCGGCUCGUGUGUGUUACAUAAAGGAAGUGGGAGAAAAGAAAAAGAAAGGCGAGAUAUUACACACGGAGAUAGAGGAAGGGCGCAGUGUUCAUCGCCAGCCAGCACCAUGGCAGCCACCACAAGUGACAAAAGCAAACGUCCUUCUGCGGCCGUCCUUACCGUUGCCUUGCGGACAAAGUACGAUCUGCGUCGUUCCUUGUCGGGCGCCAAAUGGAACGAGGGCCUAGAGUACCUACAGUAUCUGCACGAAACGCAACCAAUCACGCCGAAAUGUCCCCCAACAAAGGAUGAACUGAUCGCGUCUGGUUUGUUGCCGGCUGAUGGAGCACAACAGACGGCAACCGGCGCCGUCGAUCCGGAAGCACUGUUUGAUGAGAUGUUUGAGGUGGACAUCGACUAUCUGAAGAGUUUGGAUCCGAAGGAUUGGAAAAAUCAGGAUCACUACGCCGUGCUCGGACUAAAGAAGAUGCGGUUUGAGGCAACCGAUGAGGACAUCAAGCGUGCAUACCGCAAGAUAGUGUUGAAGCACCAUCCAGACAAACGGAAAGCGCUGGGGGAGAAUGUAAAGCAGGACGACGAUUACUUCCACUGCAUUACGAUGGCGUACGAAACGCUGGGCACGCUGAAGAACCGUCGCGCCUUCGACUCGAUCGAUCCCGAAUUUGACGACGCGCUUCCGUCCCAGUCCGAGGUCGAGAAAGACUUCUACGGCUCACUGCGCGACGUGUUUAGGCGCAACGCCCGUUGGAACGAAUCACGCAAAUCGGCUCCCCAGCUGGGGGACGACAAUACGUCCCGCGAAGCGGUAGAACACUUUUACGAUUUUUGGUACAACUUUCAGAGCUGGCGCGAAUUUAGCUACCUCGACGAAGAGGAUAAGGAAAAGGGCCAGGAUCGGGAGGAACGGCGCUGGAUCGAGAAACAGAACAAAGCAAUCCGGUUGAAGCGCAAGAAGGAGGAAUCGGCUCGUAUCCGUUCGUUGGUGGAUUUGGCGUACAAUAACGAUCCGCGUGUGGUUCGGUUUAAGCGCGAGGAAAAGGAACGUAAGCUAGCAGCCAAGCGCGCGAAACAGAACGCUUACCAGGUGCAGAGGGCGGAAGAAGAGCGUGUAGCGAAGGAAGCGGCCGAAGCAAAACAGCGCGCGGAAGAAGCAGAACAGAAGCGUAUCGAGCAGAUACAGAUCGAGCGCGAACGGACGAAGCGUAUACUGAAAAAGGAACGCAAGCUGCUGCGUGACACGGCCAAGGGAAAGGAUUACUAUGCGGCGAACGAUAAGGAGCGACUGAAGCAUAUGGAAGGGUUGGAGAAGCUGAUCGAAUCGUUCAAGCUGCUCGAGCUGCAAGAUUUCAACAAGGAGCUGGCAGCGGGCGGUCGGGACGCGUUCAUCAAAGCGAUCAGUGAGCUAGAGGCUAAGCUGGAGCAGGAACGGAUGGCCGCCCAGCAGGCGGCCAAAAUACCGAACAAUGCCGGGCUGAAGGUGGUCAACCGGAAGGCCAUGUGGACACACGAUAAUGUGCAGCUGCUGAUCAAGGCGGUGAAUCUGUUCCCGGCCGGUACCAUUUCUCGCUGGGAGGUGAUAGCGAACUACCUGAACCAGCACGGUACGGAGCUGGGCGAUAUGCGGUUCUACGCGAAGGACGCCCUGAAUAAGGCGAAAGAGCUGCAGGCGGGCGAUUUCUCCAAGAGUGACCUUAAGACGGUAGUUAACCAGCAGGCGUAUGAAUCGUUCGAGCGCAGCAAAAAGGAUCUCAAGAUCAUCGACAACUCCGAGAUCAGCAUGAAGGAAGCGUCGGAUGCGGCCGCGGCCAAAGAAAAGGCACAACAGAACGGCGGCAAGUCCAAGCAGGCUGAGAAGAAAGCGACCCCCGCCCCGAUGGCCAACGGUGGCACAAAAGGACACGAGGCAGAAAAUGGCGCUGCCGACGGCAAGGAGAACCGCAGCAACAAGCAACCGAAACAACAGGCUGUGAAGGAGGACAAAGCGCCGGUGGUGAACGGAACGACGACGACGGACGAUAGCAAUAACAAGCUUAACGCUACCACUGCCGCGCCGACUGCGACCGAUGGCAAAGCGAAACCAACGGCGGCCAAAAAGGAGAAGGAAGCCAAUCGGGUCUGGAGCAAGGAGGAACAGGCGCUACUCGAGCAGGCCAUCAAGACGUACCCGGUGUCGUUCGGUGCGGACCGCUGGGACAGGAUAGCGGAGUGUAUACCGAACAGGACGAAAAAGGAUUGCAUGCGGCGCGUCAAGGAGCUAGUAGAUCUGGUUAACGCGAAGCGCGAGGCGCAGCAAAGCGUCAAGUAGAGGUGGAGUGGGUGGGUGGCGAGCAGGUGGAGGAGCUUGUAUAACAUCUUCCCGCUUCCAACAGCAACGCCGUGUCGGACAGACUGUGUACAUACUGCUAAUAAUAUCUGGUUCUACCAUAGCCACACUAACCAUAUACGACACACACACACACCUUCAUACCAGAGCACAGAGGACAGACAGGACAAACGGAAAUACAUCUAUUCUUAUUAAAAAUUGCGACCAACAGAAGAAAA